GAGAGAUGACUGUGUAUAUAUGACUCUGACUGUUCAGAUGCCUGUGUAUAUAUGCAGUUGGUGUUUGAAUGGCGAAGGGUGAAGUGAUAUGACACUAUCAUGGAGACUCCCUGUGUUUUAGGCUGGUUUCUCCUCUGUCUACUUUCAGUCAGUGAAUGCAUUGACCCAAAAGUCAUUGGUAUUGAGGGCCAGAAUGUCACUCUGCCAUGUAAAUAUAACACCAUAAAGCAAGGUGUAUCAGCCAUAUGCUGGGGGAGAGGAGCCAUACCGAACUCUGGUUGUUACAAGGAAAUCAUCUCAUCUGAUGGCACUAAAGUGACAUGGAGAUCUUCGGUUAGAUAUCAUUUAUUCGGGGUGCUGAAGACAGGGGAUGUCUCUCUCACAAUCCUCAAUGUCACUGAAAAAGACUCUGGACAAUACGGCUGUCGUGUGCAUGUUCACGGAUUGUGGAAUGAUGAGAAAUAUCAUGUCAACUUGAACAUUGAGAAAGCACCUGUCCCGACAACAUCUCAGGCUAAUGUGAUCAUAACUCAACAGGCCAUGGACAACCACACACACUGUCAUGUGACCACAAAUUCAGUCACAUCCACGCCACUUUACAGCAAUCAAUUUUGGUAUGAGCAGAUGACAGGUCAUAAGCUGCCUGUGAUCCUGGUGUCCAUUCUACUGGUUCUGACAGGGGUGGUGAUUGUGUCUGUACUUGUUGUCUUGAGAAAGCGAUGGAAAACAAUUGCUACGGUAGUCCAAAUACCAGAGCACUCUGGCAGCUCAGUCCUGUACAGCAACUCAGAGUCCAGCUUGGGUGUGCAUACUCGAGAGAUGGCGGUGGAGAACGUCUAUCAAAUAGAUGACAAUGAGAGAAACAACUAUGAGGAGUGCCCCCGAUAAAGCAUGGACACAUCACCACAGCCAUGCUGUUAACACGCGGUGUUUACACCGCUGUGUUUACAGGGCUGAGUCUGAACUUAUAGGCUUCAACCGGACAAGACAAGCUACUAUAAAAUCAGAUGCUUUUUGGUUAUAAAUGAGUAAAACUUUACUUGAUUUUGUAUUUUUGAAAUGUUUGUUUGAAAGGAAAGGCUCGCUAGUAUGGCUAUCGAUGUGUAUUCAGCACUCACAGUGUAAGUUUCAAUUACAAU